UGACCUGAGUCACAGAUAGAAACUGAUCAGACGAAGUGAGGAGACGAGACGAAGAAGACUCGUGUUUAGAUUCAGGUUCAACUACAGAACCAUCACGUCUGUGUGUGUUUUUAAAUCUACCUCCGCUUCACCUCAACUCGUCUGUAUGUGUGUGUGAGUCGUUUGGCCUCCUCGCUGCUUGUGUUGCUGCAGCUUCCCGUCGUCAUGCGGAGUUUACCUGGCGCCGCCAUCAUCUGCAUCCUCCUGCUGUCGCUGCUAGAAGUGUCUGUUUGUAUUCAGGUGAUUGUUGCCCAGCAGGAGCGCAGCACAGCUCUGUUCGCCUCAGUGAUCCUCCGCUGCGACUACAGCACCUCUGCAAACCUCCAAGAUGUCCUGGUCACCUGGAGGUUCAAGUCCUUCUGUAAGGACCCUGUACUGGAGUACUACUCCACAGCGUACCAGUCUGCGCUACAGUUGGGACAGGACCCAGCCAAUGACUGUCCAGAUCGUCAGCGAACAGUGCGCGUUGUGAUCCAGAAGAGAGGAGGCAACGAGCCGAUCCUGGGAUCAGAAUACCGCGAACGCAGGAUCAGUAUUCAAAACAAGGCAGACCUGGUGAUGAAUGAGGUGAUGUGGUGGGACAACGGGGUGUACUACUGCAACGUGGAUGCCGCUGGAGACACCUCGGGAGACUCGGACAAAGAAAUCAAACUCAUCGUCUACCACUGGUUGGUUGUGUUAUUCAUCGUCAUCGGAGCGUUGCUUCUGAUCCUCCUCUUCUUUAUCUGCUGCUGCCAGUGUUGCCCUCAGAGAUGCUGCUGCUACGUGCGCUGUCCCUGCUGCCCACAGCAAUGCUGCUGUCCUGAAAAAGCGGUGAUGGAGCAUCGCAUGAUGAAGCAGGCUCAGAUGUCCUGGAUGGGAGGACAGCCGGUAUAUGGACCAAUGAGCCACGCCUCAUCCCAGAUGAACCCGCUGCUCUACCCAGGUUCUAACUCAGGGAAGAUAAUGCAAAUGCAGCCAAUGCCCCUCCCUCCCCCUCAGUCUUCAGCAUACAGCAUGCCCCCACCCAGUGUCCAUGGCAACCACAGCCCUGCCAACACCAAUCAGAUGCUUAAUUACCUGGAGAGCCAGGUGAGGGGGAUGGACAUGAACAGUCCUCUCUUACAGUCCCAGCCACCUCCACCCCAACACAUGCAACACAUGCCACCUCCACCCCAACACAUGCAACACAUGCCACCUCCACCCCAACACGUGCAAUACAUGCCACCUCCUCCCCAGCACAUUCCCAUCAAUGUCCCGUUUUCCCCCGGCCCUCCCAGCAUGAUCUCUGCCCUUGAUGAUGGCCCACCACAGCGUCACGUCAUCACACUUCCACCAAUAAGGGAGCAGCACCCAAGCAGAAUGCCACCCCCUGCACCCAAGACUCGCCCCCCGAGCUCGAGCGAGAGCAGCCGCAGUGGCUUCGGCCGCCGCGAUGAGCGAGGAGCAGCAGGUAGGCGUUACCCCUCACCCACCAGAUCUAGAGGCAUUCCCCGGAGCUACAGCCAGGACACCCUGGACGCACCGAGUCACAACGGGUCACGAGGAGGCAUGGACCAUCCCCGCUCCCGUUCCAGGGAUGACCUGUUCGACAGCAGGUCCAGGACAAACCACUCCCCACCUGCAUCCCGGCAAUCAAGACAAGGGUCCUGGAGCUCGGACGAUGAGGCCAGCAGCAGGAGAGGAGGAGGAGGAGGAGGAGGGAGAAGAGGAGGUGGAGGCUGGGUUGACAAACCACCCAGCUACUCCGAGUACGAGCCUGGACAGAAACCGGGGACGCGGAGAAAUGAACGCUACUCUGGCAAGAGUUCUCGCAGUGGUACCAGCAUCGUCAUCUGAACCCUCCAGCUGUGACGCCCUGUGACCUCUGUUUCAGAGAACAUGCACGGCUCUGUAGAACUGGGAGCUUGUCGUCUGGGCAACAAUUGUUAUGUAUUAAAAUGAAUCAUGAACCAACAGAUGUCACGCACGAGGGAAACUGGCAGAUGUGAUACUGAGAAAGUGUGAAGAUGUAAAACAAAUGAUUGGUGUCCACGAGAAACCCUUUUUGGUAGCCUAUUGUUGUUUUUGGGAUUUUAAAAUACCAAGUCUUUCCUGGGGCUACUGAACAGAUUUGUGGAAUAUUAUCUCCCACUGCUGGUUAAUCAGUGAAAUUCAAUAUUCUGAAGUCUUUUAUGUAGCCUUAGAAUUAAUGUUUCUCCUUUUGAAACUGGUAUUAAUUGCAGAAUGAAUUACUCUCAGGACCAGUUAACAACACUUGUUACAAUAGAGCUAUUUAUACACACAUCAAUAUGAAUACAUUCUUGUGAAUGCUGAAGUUAGUUUUUAUCAUUUUUGUAAAUAUUUUUUUUCAUAUCUCCUAUUGACUAUAGUGCAAUUGUUUUACUAAUGUUUUGAAGGAAAAUGUACAAGUGGCAUCUGUUCAGUGGUUUGUACAUAAGAAGAAUGAAGAAGAAAUUUACUGUAAACACGGCAUGUAAAUAAGUAUUUUUCCUGGUAAUGUACUGAAGUCAACAAUCUUGCAGGCCAAAAAUGUUUUAUUUUUCUUUUUUUAAAGACAUUUUUUGUUUUCAAACUUAACUUCCCACCCACACACACCUCUCCCAUGUGUAUCAAGGCAUGUUUCAGAAGGACACAUUUAUGUUUUGACCCUUCCACUUUAGUUUUUAAUCUUUUGUUUUUACACUGUACAGUCAGUUUGUGUUUAUUGAUAAAGAUAAAAAUAAACUUUUUACCUUUUGGGUAUAACAAAA